GACACAGAGAGAGAGAGACAGAGAGAGAGAGAGAGGAAAAGGGGAGAGAGGGGGAGAGAGGGGAAGAAGGGGGAGGAGGGAGGGAGGAGGGGAGGAGAAAGGGGAGGGGAGCAGGAGUUGAGUCAGGCAGAGCAUGGGGAACUAGACUCAGCAGAGAUGUUGGGAGGGAGGUGACGGAUCUCCGGGAGGGAAACGUGAGCACCUCGAAGGCGCAGAAGAGGCUUAGGGGUGGGGUUGGAGGAGGGCACCUGAGUUCCUGCUGCCCACCUGGCUCCCUCUUGGCCAGCUGUCACCCCGAGGCGGCUUCCAGCCCUUCCAGGGAUGCCGGAGCUGUGUGAGAAUCUCACCUACGUCCAGGGCGACGGCGGGCCAGUGACUAGCUCGCUGAUGUUUCUGGCUGGGGUGGUUGGUAACGGGCUGGCCCUGGGCAUCCUGGCAGCCCGCCGGCGGGCGCUCUGGGCUCGCUCCUCGGCCUUCGCGGUGCUGGUCACGGGCCUGGCGGGCACGGACCUGCUGGGCACAUGCUUCCUGAGCCCGGCUGUCUUUGUGGCCUAUGCCCAGAACAGCUCCCUGCUGGGGCUGACCCAGGGGCCGGGGCUCUGCCACUGCUUCGCCUUCGCCAUGACCUUCUUUGGCCUGGCGUCCACGCUCAUCCUCUGUGCCAUGGCUGUGGAGAGAUGCCUGGCCCUCAGCCACCCCUACCGCUAUGCCCAGCUCAAUGGGCGUCGCUAUGCCAAGCUGGCCCUGCCCGCCAUCUACACCUUCUGCGCCCUCUUCUGCUCGCUGCCCCUGCUGGGGCUGGGCCGCCACCAGCAGUACUGCCCGGGGAGCUGGUGCUUCAUCCAGAUGCGCUCGGAGGAGGCGGCCGUGCGCGCCUUUUCUCUGGCCUACGCCUCGCUGGUGGCCCUGCUGGUGAGCGCCAUCAUCCUGUGCAACGGCUCCGUCACCCUGAGCCUGUGCAGAAUGUACCGGGAGCAGCGGCGGCGGCGCGGCUCCCUGGCACCUGGGCGAGCCGGGCCGGGGCCCAGGGAGGGAGAAGACGAGGUGGACCACCUGAUCCUGCUGGCUCUCAUGACGGCCGUCCUGACCGUCUGUUCCCUGCCUCUCACGAUUCGAGGCUUCAAGCAGGCCAUCACACCCGAGGAAAAGGAUUGGGAAGACCUCCUUGCUUUCCGGUUCUCUGCCUUCAACCCCAUCCUGGACCCCUGGGUUUUCAUCCUCUUCCGAAAGGCUGUGUUCCGAAGGCUCCAGCACGCGUUCUGUUGCCUACGCCAGGCCCCACCCAAGGGGCCGCCAGCUGUUAAGGCGAGCGCGGCCGAGGCCUUGAUCCCCCAUCCAUCUCCCAGUGUAAAUAUUUGGAAAGUUUGGCGGCUUCUGUAUCCUCCGUGCUGAUUCGCUCCCCCACCUCCCCGGAGGGGGGCUCUCCCUCUCCCGGGCAGGGGGCGCCUGGGCAUCCCGGGGGGCUUCUUCCUCCUCCCCCCAGCCCCAGCUCCUAAUCCAGCUUUUCUCCCAGGGGAGAUGAAGGGCCCCAAAGUAAAGGAAGGGCUGCCAGAUGACGGGAGGAAGAGGAUGGAGUCGGGUGGUGGGGCGGGGAAGGGGCUUGGCAGGGAUGAAAAGAGGGAGGCCUUGGCAGCCUCGGUGUCCGGGAGGGGAGGGAGGAGAACUCCCAGACAGUCACGGAGGCCUGUCCCCAUCCCAGUGUCAGAGACCCAAAGUCCCAGAGAAACGAGCCUUGCCAGGCUUCCUCUUCCAGGCCACGGCCCUCCCUCGGGGCCCCAGGAAAGCUUCUCCCCGUCUCCCGGAGGGAGGUUGGGGCGCUCGGCCUCUCCCCAGACCCCCCAAGCUUGUCUUCCUUCUCCCGAGCCCCUCCUAGACCUCUGUGUGCAUUUGGGGGUCCGCGACGGGGUGAAGCCCUGGAAAGCAGCCCGGGGUGAAGGCAGGCUCCAGAGGGAAUCGGGAAUUGGCAUCUUGGCCAGAGGGUGAACCAGAAGAAAAAACAGAGCCCGGCACAGGAUGCCACUUCCGUUUCCUGGCCCCACCCUCGGCAAGGGGCCUGCUUCUACGUGCCGGGGAGCCCCUGGAGCCGAGCAGGGGCCGGCCAGGCUUCCCCAGCGCCCUCUUGGGAGGAGCCCUGCGAGGGCCGCAGGGGAACCCCGAGCUCCAGACUGACGGAGACAGAGCCCUGAGCUCAAGCUUAGUCCUGCCUCAGAACAGGGAGCGUCAGGACAUCACCCGCCUCCGUACUGGGCAUCACGAAGGGUAUCUCUAAGAUGUAUCCACUGCAUGACCCUGGAUAAGUCAUUUCACCUCUGCUGCUCUCUGCUCCUCAGUAAAACGGUGGAUGACGA